CGAGUCGUCGUUGUCGGAGCCAGACAAGAUCCAGACGACGAGCAACGAAGAAAGCAGGUAGCCCAGUCCACUUGAUGACACCAGUUCAGCAAAAAGAGUCGUCACGGCUCAAGACUGGAUGGGCCCCGACGAUGCUGAGAAUCCGCAGAAUUGGCCAAUGUGGAAACGAGUGUACCAUACAAUCCCACCCGCGCUAUUUGGCUUUGCCAUAACGUUCGGAUCCUCCGUCUAUACUCCUGCGUACAAAGAAAUUGCCGAGCGAUUCGAUGUCUCUCCUACUGCAUCCCUACUUGGCGUGACGCUGUAUGUCAUCGGCCUAGGUCUAGGCCCAAUGAUUGCGUCUCCGCUCUCAGAGACUUUCGGUCGCCAUAUUGUGUACCGGAUCUCGCUUCCCAUAUCCGCGCUUUUCACGCUCGGUGCUGGUUUCUCAUCGUCUUUUGGCUCGUUGCUGGUCUGCAGGUUCUUUGCCGGCGCUACGGGAAGUCCAGUUCUUGCCGUCGGCGCUGGCACCCUCGCGGACAUGUUUCCUCCGCGAAUCAGAGCCAGGGCAACCAGUUCAUUUCUGAUGUCUCCUUUUCUGGGACCCUCAAUAGGUCCAUUCUUGGGUGGCUUCGUCGCCCAGUACAAGACGUGGCGGUGGACAAAUUGGGUAACCUUAUUCAUCCUAGUUGUGUGCUAUGCAUCCUCCCUGGGCAUGCAGGAGACAUACAAGAAGAUCAUACUGCAGAAGCGAGCCAAGAGACUGAAUAUUGCACCUCCAAAGCAGGCAUUACCUCAAGGACUGGUCGGUGUCAAGUUCCUUCUAACCGUUACAUUGCUCCGGCCAUUGACCAUGCUGUUCACGGAGCCGAUCGUGGCUUUUAUGAGCUUAUACAAUGCCUUCACUUUCUCGAUCCUGUUUGCCUUUUUCGAAGCCUUUCCCAUGGUCUUUGGCGGCAUAUACGGCUUCUCUGUUUCUCAAGUUGGCCUGGCUUUUCUGGCUGUAGCAAUCGGUGUCAUCUUCGCCGUCGCUACCGCUAUUAUGCUCGACAUCAAAGUGUUCCAGAAGCAGUUCAGAAAAGCAGUCGCUGAAGGCAGGGCGGCUGUAGCUCCUGAGCACCGUCUAUAUUCUGCCAUGCUCGGUAGCUUUGGCAUCACAAUUGGUCUCUUCUGGUUCGCAUGGACAUCUCGACGCGCCGUUCACUGGAUCGUUCCCAUAAUCGCGACGAUACCGUUUGCGUGGGGAAACACCAGCAUAUUUAUUUCAGCGGCUUUGUACCUCGUCGAUGUGUACGGGCCACUGAACGGCGCUAGCGCGAUGGCAGCCAAUGGCCUUCUGAGAUACGGCAUGAGUGCUGUUUUCCCAUUGUUCACUGUCCAGAUGUACAAGACUUUGACAAUUCCAUGGGCAAGCUCUCUCUUGGGUUUCCUGUCGUUGCUCAUGUUACCCAUUCCCUUUGUUCUGUUCCGCUUCGGACCAAAGAUCCGCGAGAAGAGUCGCUACGACACGAUCAAGGCUUAA